AUAAACGUUUAUGUAAAACGGUAGAUUUAACAACUUAAUAGACGCGUUACUAACAUUGCUCCUCUAAACUCUGAAAGUGAUAGCGAUAAUCAAAUUUUUUUAAGAAUGUUCAAUUUUCAUUAGUCGUCAUCAUCAGUAAUUUCAAUAGUUUAAAUUUUGUUUUCAUUCUUUCAUCAUUUUUUAUUUAACGCCUUAUAGUUGUUAUACAACAAGUAAUGAACAAAUUUUUAAUCUUACCAGUAUUUUGGUUGUAAAAGAAUAAGGUUCCAAUGUUUUUUCAUUUCAAUGCACUAUGAAGGUUUGCCUUCUUUUAUAGUUUAUUGUGCUUGAAAUGUGUUGUGUCCUGAAGUAAUUUCAAGUAUUUAAAAGAAAAUCAAUUAAUGGAAUAUAAAAAAGAAAGUGAAGGAUUUUCAAGAAAAAAUGAGCAAAAUAUUGAUACAGAAAAAAAAAGAAAAAAAAGAAAUAUGAAUAAAAAGCGUAUAGAAAAUAAAAUCAACAAAUUAAAAAAUCAAAAUAUUUCUAAUUCUAAAUUCGUUACUUCCAGUUCAACAUAUGUUUCAAGAUCUAUUUCUACACCUUUGAUUUGUGAUGAUAAGAAUGUUAAAACUAAUUCUAGAAUUUUAAAAUCGCAUUCACGGUCUGUACCAAAUGUAAAUACAUGUAAAAAUGAAGCAAUUUUAGAAAUUUCUAAUAAGAAUGAAAAUAAUUUGAGGUAUAUUAUUGAAUCCAACAAAAAUAUAACUGAAAGUAAAAUACAAAUUCAAAGUAAGAUAAGUAAUAAUUUUAGAACAAAUCAACUAAUUGAAGUUUUUAAGCAAUUUACUUUAUGUGAAGAUAAUUUAAAUGCUUGCUGUACAAUUUGUAAAUGUAAAGUUAGUUAUGAAAAGUCAAUACUGAAGAAUCACAUAAUACAUUGUAAAAAAAAAAAAUUGAAAUCUUAUUUUAUAGAUGAAUUUAUAUGUUUACUUUGUGAUGUACACUUUAAAUCACAGAAUAAAUGGAAAUUACACAUUAUUUCUUCUGUUCAUAUUACAAAAUGUACAGAUGGAAAUCAUUAUUUUUCAUACAAUUGUGGUGGUUGUAAAGCAAUGUUUUAUGGACCUGAAGACCAAAUUUUGACUCAUUGUAAAAGUGUUCAUAAAGAUUGGUCUGCAUUGCCAUGCAUUUUUAAGUUGUUAAGUGAAGUAUUUUAUCAAUUUUUCUUUAAUCCUAAAAAUAAUAAAACAUGGUCAUUUUGUGGACCAUGUAAAAUAUUUUCUGAUUCAGAAUUAAAUUGUCAAUCAUAUAAUCAUCGGAUGAAAAAGUCCAAAUCAUUCAAUUGCAAUUCAUGUUUGAUUGAAUUAAAUUGUAGCCAAGAUGUCUAUGAUAAGCAUAUUUUGUCAUGUGAACAUAUAAUGAUAGAACAUUUGCGUAUUACUACUAAUAAAUUAAACUAUAUAAGUAAUUUAGAAUUACCAGUUGUAAUUUUAAAUCAGUAUUUUGUUAACUCUAAGAAAGCAACUUGUAAGGCUUGCAAAAUUGAAGUUCUUUUAAAUGAAGAUUCAAUUUCUAAUCAUUUAAUAGAAUGCAUCAUAAAACAAGAUAAGAAUAAUUAUAAACACCUUGAAAAAAUAAAAAAAUUCUUCUGUGCUGUUUGUAAUGAAAUAAUGUCUAGUUAUAAUACAUGGAGGUAUCAUUUAUUUACACUUGAUCACAUAAAAAAAUGCUUACAUUUUAAUGACCUAAUAUCUUAUACCUGUAAUAUGUGUGCUUUGCAUUGCUAUGGUAGUGAAUAUUUUGCUGUUGACCAUCAAAAAGUUCAUCCAAAUCAAUCUGAAGUUUUAUUUUCCAAAUUUAUGGCAUUUAAUUUUCAACGUAUUUUUACUAAGUCUAAUAAAAAAUUGUUUUAUUAUUGUGAACCCUGUACAAUAUAUGAAGAAGUAAAUUCAAAUACUAUUCAUUGGAGUAAAAGUCAUGAAAUUAAAUUACAACGUAUUGUUUGUGAUACUUGUCAUAUAGAAUUUUUUUGUGAUGAUGGAAAUGAAUUAUACCUAAAACACGAACUAUCAAGUGAACAUUUAUCAUUAAAAUAUUUAACUUCUAGUAAGUCUGAUGAACUAACUAAAACAAGUUUUAAUAAUAAUAAGAAAAUGAAAAAAAAAUCUAUAACAUCAUUAGAAAGUCCAAAAAUUUCCAAAUCAAUAUUAGAAUGGUUUUCUGUUGACAAAGAUACGUAUAAAUGCCUAGUUUGUGGAGUACUUAUAACAUGUGAACAUGAUCUCUUAAUACAUUUAUUUAGUUGUAACAAAUUAACUUUUGAAAAUAAUCCUGAAACUCUUGUACAGCAGUUUGAAUGUUUAGAAUGUCCUUAUAAAUGUAAUACAUAUAAAGAAUGGGAAACACAUGCUAUUUUACACUCUAAACAAAUAAACACUAAAUUAUAUUCGUAUUUUUGUAAAUUGUGUUAUUCAAUGUUUUAUGGUGAACAUCUCCAAAUUAUUAAUCAUUGCAAAAAUGAACAUUUUAUAGAUCAUUUAUCACUACCAAUGGAAUCUCUCAUUAUGCAGAAAUUAUUUAUUAGUAGAAAAGAUAUACAAAAUAAUUAUUAUGAUAAAUGUUACUUUUGUGAACCAUGUAAAAAACAUUUCAAAGUUAAAGAGAAUCUAAUUCACUUUAACACUGACAGUCAUGUUUUGGUUUCAUCAGAUACAACUGAAUUGUUUUAUUGCCCGAGUUGUCAAAUUGAAUUUAAUUGCUCAUUAUAUAUAUAUAAUCAACAUAAACUUAGUAUUGAACAUAUAAUUUUAAGUUUAAACUAUGAAACAAGCAAUGAAAAAAUUAUCUCAAAACCUAAUGAGCUUGAUUUUUAUUUAUUAAAAUUUGUUAUUAAUAAAGAAAUGUAUGAAGAAACUCAAAACAUUGGAUUUUAUUGCUUUCUUUGUAAUUAUUUGUGUAAUGUAUUAGAUGAAUGGAAAAAACAUAUAAAUAAUAAAAAACAUAGUAAUCUAAUUAAAGGUUUAAACUUGGACCAUCGUUGUAAAAUUUGUAAAACCUUAAUGUUUGGCCAACGUCAUCAAAUAUUUGAACACUAUAAAAAUCAACUUCACUCAUUCUUACGGGUAUUUAAACUUCAAAAUAAGAAUGAUGUACCUUCUACAGAAGUUUUUGAAGAAAUAAAUCAUGAAAUUGAAGAAAAUAGAAAAAAAGAGAUUUCAGUUAUGGAUGUGUUAAAUAAACAAAAUUUUAAUUUGGAAACCUCAAAUUUUAGUAAUUAUUUUAAAACUCAAUUUGAAAAAAUGAAAGAAUCAUAUAAAGCCAGUGCUGGUUUUAAAAAUCAAGUAGCAUAUUUUUGUACUGUAUGUGAUUUUAUUACACCUGAUAAAGAUCUCUGGGAAAAUCAUGAAAAAAAUGGAUAUGCUUGUAAUAUAAAAGAGAGUUUCAAGAUAUUUUGUGAAGUAUGUGGUUUGUUUAUUUUAGGGUUCUCUAAUAAUUUAAAAAAUCAUAUAACUUCUACUGAACAUAAAAUAAUGGCUGAGUAUCAAUUAUUGAUUGAUAAUAGUGCAGUAAAUCAUAGUAAUGAUGUAGAAAGUAAAAAAAUUGAAAUCCAUUCUAAUAAUAAACUGGAAAAUACCUUGAAAAUUAAAGAAGAAAAAGCACAUAGUAAAAAGGAAGUAGAUGAUGGCCCAAAUAAUCGAAAAAUUUUUAUUGAAAUAAUAGGAGCUAAACCAGAGUAUAAGAAGAAUAGUUGGGCUGAGCUUAAAAAAAUUUUUGCUGAGUAUGGAUAUAUAAGAAUAUUUUCCAAUAAUAAUUCUGUUAUGGUAUUGUAUCGAAAAUUGUCAUCAAUGAAUCAUAUGUUAAAAUUUAAAGAAAUUCUAGAAAAAAAACAUGAUUUUAGUAUUCAUAAAAUUGAUGAUGAUGAUAGAAUGCCUGAACUGAAUAAACAAACAGAACUAGAAUUUAGCCACAAAAUUCAUUUAAUAAAAUUAAUAGAUGAUCAAUUAAAUGAGAUAACUUAUGAAAUAACAAAUCCUAGUAUUCCUAACAGAUUGAUUUCAUUGAUUAAUUCAAUAUACUAUUGUGCUGGUCCACAUUUUUACUUUGGAAGAACAUAUGUAUUUGGAUCACGUAUGUCAGGACUUGCUGUUAGAGAUAGUGAUGUAGAUUUGUAUUUUGAUAUUGGAAAUACUUUUAAUGGCUUGUUGAGUAAUGAUGCAUCUGCCCAAGAAGACUUAGUUCGAUAUUUUGGCAAAGUUUUUCGUUCACAAAGUAAAGAUUUCAAGAAUAUUCAGACAAUAUGUGGGGCUCGAGUACCAAUUGUUAAAUUUUUACAUAUACCUUCAGGUUUACACUGUGAUUUGUCUUUUAAAAGUGGGUUAAGCACUCACAAUACUAAAUUAGUUAGGUUAUAUUUAAUGUUGGAUAAACGUGUCCAUUGGGUUGUUUGUGCAGUUGUUAAGCGAUGGGCAAUUCAAAAUGAUCUAAAAAAUCAAAGCAUGUUUACAAGCUAUGCAUUAGCUUGGCUAGUUUUCUUUUAUUUAAUGACUAUACAUGUAGUGCCAUCUUUAAAAUUUCUUAGAGAACAUGCUUCCAUAUCUGACAUUAUGUUCAUUGAAGAUUGGGAUUGUACUUUUUGUACACCUGAAAAAGCAAAACAAAUGUGGAAAGUACCAGAAAUUUCUCAAUGGGAAUUACUGUAUGGAUUUUUCUCUUUUUAUUCAAGUUCUAAAAAACUUAAAAGCUAUGUUUUAUGUCCUACAACAGGCGAAGCUAUAGCAAAAGAAAAGUUUUUUAAUAUUCCAAUGAACUCUAGAGAUAUACUAGGUUUUCAUAAGAAAAAAACUGGUGACCCUACUCAACGAUGUAUCAAAAUUAAGGGUAAUUUUUUCGGAGAAGGUCUUGCAGUGCAAGAUCCUUUUGAUUUGUUUCAUAAUAUUACAAAAACUAUAUUGCCUAAAAAAUUAAAUAUAUUUUGCCAUUUAUGUGAAAAAACUAAAAAUAUAAUGUAUAAUGGAGAUCAUCCAUAUUAUGCAUAGUUUUACUAACCCAAAAUAUUUUUAAGCAUUAUUCAUUAAUGCUGUAAAUUCAGGGUAUAGAACAAAAUAACUGGUUUUCUUCUAUAUUUAAAAAAAAUACAUUUAAUAAAAAUGAUACAAGAAUAAUACUCAUGUAAUCUUAUAUGACUAUAAUAAUUAAGAAAGAUCAUAGUUUUAAUGAGAAUUGACUAUAUCUUUUUAUUAAAGGUAUCAAAACAUGGUCUUAAAUAUCUUUUGUUAGUAAUUUUAUUGAAUAACAAUUUCAAUUAUUAUAGGGUGAAAAUUUCCUUGGUAGUAUUGAAUUAUAAUUGUAAUUAUGCUGUUAUAAAUACUUUGUGUAAACCAAUUAAUAUUUUUUGAUGUUAUUUACCUUACAAUAAUUAGUAAUAGAAAGAAGACUGAUAUCAAAGACCCAAUCACAACAAUUAUUAAUGAAUUUUUUAAUUGCACUAUUAUCUGAAUGUUAUGUAUGUAAAUAUAUUUUUCAAAUAUUUAUUUAUUACUUAAUAAAAAUUUACUGGUAUUUGAAAG